CUCUCUCGGUCAACAUGCCGAAGACCCCGGCUUUCUCAACGAGAUCCUGUUCGGUCAAAGGCCGAUGCGUGACAUUUGCCGGCGAGAAUACCCCGCCAUCCACUUCCAACGUAGUGCGGGGUGCCAUGGACGAAUCGCAUCGCGCAGCCACCACCAAGAGAACCACAUUUGUUGGUAAAGCAUCCUUGUCAUCGUCGGGCCGGGAGUUGUGUGGAGAACGACCUGGUUGAAGCUGUAUCGUAUUUACAAUGGCAAGCCCUCGACGUCUUUAGACUCAUCACAAGAUCAUCCUCUAUAGUCGAAUUCGAUUCAAAAGAGCAGGAAGACAGGAAGGCCUACUAGCAAUCGCUCAACCACGCUAUUCACGUUCAGCUGCAGUUCCAACACCAAAGACACCAUCCCACCUGAUACCAGGAAACGACACCCAAAAGACCAUCAUGUCUAAACCAGAAAUUGGCUUCUGUGGUCUCGGAGCCAUGGGCUUGGGAAUGGCCUGCAAUCUGGUCAAGGAGGGCUACUCCGUCACCGGCUUCGAUCUGUACCCUCCAUCGCUCGAGAAGUUUCAAAAGGCAGGCGGCACCCCGUCUACGUCGCUCGCGGAGUCCGCAAAGGACAAGCCGUUCUACAUCGUCAUGGUUGCCGCAGCGGUGCAGGCGCAACCCGCUCUAUUUGCCGAUGACGGCAUUGUCCAGGCGCUCCCCAAAGGCGCAACCCUGAUCCUGACAUCGACGGUGCCAAGCAGCUAUGCUCAGAGUGUGGAGAAGGAGCUGAAGGACAUUGGCCGUGACGAUAUUUUCUUCAUCGACGCACCGGUUUCCGGGGGUGCUGGAAGGGCCGCAGAUGGCACGCUGACGAUCAUGGCGGGGGCGUCGGAAGCUGCUCUCGAGAAGGGAAAGUGGCUGCUUGCUGAGAUGAGUGCACCUUCUAAACUCUUCAUUGUGGAUGGAGGCAUCGGCCAGGGCAGCAAUAUGAAGAUGGUGCAUCAAGUACUCGCGGCAAUCCAAAUUCUGGCUGUGAGCGAGGCGUAUGGGUUCGGUGCAAGACUGGGGCUGAACGGGAAAGAUGUGAGUGAGGCUGUGAUAAGCAGCGAUGCCUGGAGCUGGAUGUUUGAAAACCGGUCACAGAGGACGCUGAAGGAGGACUACUUCCCCGGUGCGAGCGCAGUCACUAUCAUUCUCAAGGACACAAGUAUCAUCACCCUCAGAGCACGUCAACUCAACUUUCCCACUCCUCUCUGCUCCAUUGCGGAGCAGGUGUACUUCGCAGCACUUGACCGCGGCUGGGGCGCCAACGAUGAUGCUGGCAUCGUGCGCCUCUGGACUUCCGAGCCGGUCUCGAACAUCCAAAGCUCCCUGUCUGCAGAAGACAAGGAAAAGAAGCUUACCCUCGUAAAAAACCUACUGAGGGGUAUCCACCUCGUUGCAGCUGCAGAAGCGCUGUCUCUCGCACACCACGUCAGCAUUCCCCUGCCGCAGAUCUACGAGCUGGCCAAGGAUGCUGCAGGAGGCAGCAAGCAGUUUGAGAACCUUGGGUCCAAGAUGCUUCCCAUUCUCGAAGGCCAGGCCGAUGGGAACGGCAAGGUUCUCGGUGGCUUUAUUGCGGGGUUGCAGGAAGCUUUGGACGAGGCACAGGCCAUCAAGUGCCCAACGUAUUUGGGUAACGGUGCUCUAGGGUUGCUACUGCAGACAGGACAGAGCAGUGAUCUGGCGUCACUGCUGAAGUUUUACAGCGUCUGAAGGGCCUAGAUUCCAGUAACGUGCAUAUGUUAGUCAAUGCUGAUCUAAUGCAUUCGUCGCCUAAACGUUUAAUAAUCCUCGACGGCCUAAGUCGUAUACACCGCAUUAGUUUCGGCCAGUUAUGUUGUUGUUGCAUGAUCAAGCUGUUGCCUACGGAGUGCUUCGCCUACAGACAAGACAUUCGUCCGGCGCUCGUAGAUCAUUUCCCCUUGAAGAGGAUGAGUCUUUAAGUUGCGGCAUAUUCAUCCUCUGUGUAGAGGAUGGGUCGGCGCCGGGCUGAUACAUAAUACCGACGCGGCAUGCAUACAGCAAGUCAGAACUUAUAGGAGAACGUUGCAGCUGCUUUGGAUUGGCCAGAUUCCUAUAGGAUAGCCGCAAGCUAACAUUCGGUCGUUACUGGGGUUUGUAUGUCAUAAUUGAUGGACUGCAUAGCCAAAUAUACAAUAUACUUCGGGCAUUGAAUGCUUUGGUCGCCAGCAAAGCCU